GCCCCGGCCCCGCCCCGGCCCCGCCCCGGCCCCGCCCCGCCGCCAUGGGGGCCGCCGUCUUCUUCGGCUGCGCCGGCAUCGCCUUUGGGCCGGCGCUCGCCCUCGUCCUGCUCACGGUGGCGGCGGAGCCGCUGCGGGUCAUCGUGCUGGUGGCGGGGGCCUUUUUCUGGCUGGUGUCGCUGCUCCUGGCCUCUCUGAUCUGGUUCGUGUCAGUCCAUCUCAGCGACCGGGAGGACGCCAAGCUGCAGUACGGCCUCCUCGUCUUCGGGGCGGCCGUCUCCGUCCUGCUGCAGGAGGUGUUCAGAUUCGCCUACUUCAAGCUGCUGAAGAAAGCGGAUGAAGGCCUGGCGACCAUCAGCGAGGACGGCCGGUCCCCCAUCUCCCUCCGGCAGAUGGCUUACGUCUCGGGCCUGUCCUUCGGCAUCAUCAGCGGCGUCUUUUCUGUCAUUAACAUCCUGGCGGACUCCAUCGGGCCGGGCAUCGUCGGGAUCCACGGGGACUCGCCGUACUACUUCAUCACCUCCGCGUUCCUCACCAUGGCGCUCGUCUUGCUCCACACCUUCUGGGGGGUGAUCUUCUUCGACGCCUGCGAAAAGCGCCGCUACUGGUGCCUGGGGCUGGUGGUGGCCAGUCACCUCCUCACCUCGGGGCUGACGUUCCUGAACCCCUGGUACGAGGCCAGCCUGGUCCCCAUCUUCAUCAUCACCCUCUGCACGGGCCUCUGGGCCUUCGUCACCGCCGGGGGCUCCUUCCACAACGUCCUCAAGUGCUUCUCCUGUAAGCAGGAGGAUGACAGCAGGGUGAUGAUGUACUCAGCACUGCAGGUGCCUUUCGAGGACUGAGCGGCAGCCGUGGCCCUGCCCGUGCCACCGCCGUGCCCAAGUGCCCUCUGCUCCGCGCCGGAAGGUGACGGCGACACCAUCUCCUCCGUGGUUUGUCCCUCUGGUGCUGCCGCCCGGCCCCCCGCCCUGGCAGAGGGGGCUCCGUGCCCCAUCCCGCUCCAGAGGGGAUUCUGGGGUCCUCGUGGGCACCCCAAUAGCUUCGUUAGCAGCUUCGUUAGACUUUUUUUCUUACAAGGUAUGGCGGGGGGGGGGGGGGGGCCGGAAGGGGGCCGGGUGCCCUGUGGUGUGGCCAGGCUUGCGGGGCUCAGGGCAGGACCCCCCCAUCCCUUGCAUUUUCCCCCCUGCCCUGCCCCAGCCAUCUCUGUUCCCCCUCGGCCCCCGCAGAAGCGAGGUGAUGCUCUCGGGGUGGGGGGAGCUGGGAUGGGGGUGCUCUGCCCCACUCACCCCCUUUCUGCUCCCCCCGGGGCCCGGCUGGGGGCCCUCGUCACCCGGCCGUGCACCAAGGGUGGGGCGUGUAAAUUAUUUUUUUUGAUUCAGAGUAAAACCC